CAUCAUCUAUACUGCGGCCACCGCUCUCCGAAUCGAACGUGUCCACUGCCACUGCCGUGUCGCCGUGUCUCUGCGAUUUUCCUCUCGAUCGUCGCUCUAACCGGUACGACCGCACCACGUCUCCACACUUUGCCGUCGUCGCCGUCGAUAAUUUUUUUCGACUAUCAUUUCCAUUCGACGAUAUCAAUUGUUUUAAUCACUUUAACGUUUCGUUUCGGUUGCCGCGCUCGUCGUUUUGCGAUUCGUUUUCGUAAACGCCGCCGGACGCGAUAACCGACCGACACCGCUCGCGGAACGUGGCCGGAUCGAAGCGCGCGCUUUCAACGAGAGCGCGGCCGGAGACGUAGCCGGCCGCCGCAGCCGGUGCCAAGCCGUGUGCCGCCGCCGCCGCCGCCACCGUUGCGGUUGUCAGCCGCCGCCGCCGCCACCGCACAGACUACGCUCUCGUCCGACGACGACAACGCGGCCUAACAGUUCUAUUUUUUUUUUCUUGUUUUCGCGCGCGCGAGCUUCACAGCCACCGCCGCGACGGUAGUCGUUCCCCGCGCAGGGCGCACCGCGUUCGGCGUUUUCAAAACACCGUUAGGUUCCCGCGCUAUUUUUCCGUCGCGAAAACCAUUUCGUCCGCUCUCCAUCCACCAAUCACCGGACUCCGCCUCCACUCGAACGUAAUAUUAUUAUAAUUAAUUUUUUUUCUCAAUAAUUUUUCCCGGAAAAACCGAAAGUGCCCCGAGAGCCGAAGCUUUUUCCCACGCCAUGAGACGGUACGCGGCCGGAUCGUCGUGCACUGAUAGGAGGUAGAGACAGGUGCCUAUUAUUAGAAUAAAAAUAAAUAGUUAGGACUGCAGAGUAUCGGAGACACACGUGAGCGGUGGCACUUUGACCGGUUGAAAAGGAUUUGCAAACGGCCCCAAAACGGAGCACAUAAGGAAUAUCAUGGGCUGCGUUCAGUCACUUUUCAAUCCUUCGAAAUCGAGGAGUCCAUCCCCUGAAAGGGAAUUUGAACCUCCAAAGUUUGAGACCGUCCCUGUCACACGGCAACCGAAAAAAAAUUACAACACAUCCUCAACCGGAAUAUCAGUGGCAGAUGACCGCCGCGUGCGCAGUGGAGUGGAUUAUGACACAGACAGCGAUGACGAAAUGGCCUUAAAGUGCGAUGACUUCGAUAGUUAUGCGAUGGGUAUCGAAGACGACCUGCGAUCUGUGCAUUACGUGGAGGCUACGGCGUUGACCACGUUAGCUGCCAAUUCGAGUACUGUGGCUAUACUGGGCACGACGGCCAAGUGCAAAUCGGCGGGCCCAUCGCCGGCCAUCCGGCGGCAGCAGUCUUCAUCUCCGUCACCAUCGACGUCGUCCUUGCCGUUGGGGCAGAGGCCACAACUCAUUGGAUCUGUAUCACAGGAUACUCUGGAGUCGAACCACUCAAAUACGACUUCGGUGAGGGAACUGGCUUCCGAAGCUGGAACGAUACCAGUCUUGAGCUCUACGUCCGAGAAGGAGCCCCAAGCACUGUGGCUAUCCGAAGCCGAAUGGACCGAGCACCUGGCCACCAAGGCCGGUCACAGGGAUUCACCGUUAUUGGCUACGGAAUCCGUUUCACCACCAUCGUCGCCGUCGCCAUUUUUGACAUCGUCACCUCAGUGGCCGAUGAUACAUAGCUCCGUUAAAAGUAAUCUAGACCGCAUACCUGUGGGUGUGAUCGAGGUCUUGGACUGUGCCCCGGCUGACCAGCGACGGCCACCGCCGACGAAAGCUCAACGGCUCCCGAAGGCGCAGCGGGCCACUCGCGGUCAAAACAUUCCAUUGCCGGUGAUACAUGCGAUGGAAAGGAAACCCAAUUCAAUGGGCCACGAAGAACUGUUUAAGACAAUGAUGGUGCAGCCACCCUCGUCCGAUAAACACGGAUAUCGUUCACGGAUGGCCACCGGAAGCAACACAUUUGAUUCAUCUUCCAGGAAACCAUUGCUCAGACAGUCCAACGAAUCCAAAUUCAGGUACACCGAAGAUGACUUUUCGGCCGCCACCGAAUGGAUGAUUAAUAUGCCGGUGUUCGAAAAGUGUCCUCCAGCGAAGUCCAAAAGUCUCCCUUCUAGGGAAUCAGUACCAUCGAGUACAACAACAGCUGAAGGGGGGAUUGGUGAAAGACAACAUGGUGUUCUUCGCGGAUCAUCGUUGCCAUCUGAGAACAGUGGUGCAGAAAAUUCACCAAAACCUACUGAACGUCAAGAUGAUAAUGUAGCUAUGAUGGUACCGAUCGCACUUGAGUGUGCUACAGUCGAACCAGUUGCAAUAGACAAUUGCAUUGAUACGUUAAAAAAAUCUGACACGGACGACAAAGCAGACGAGAACCACAAUGUGGCAGUUGCAUCAGCGAGAAUCGAUGAAUCAAACGUAAGUGAUGAGCAGCCAAUAGAAGAAACCAGCACACCAGAGCAGAACAAAGAACCUGAUCACGUCCAAUCAGACCUCAAACCCAAAAUAGAGAUAGAGAAUACACCGGCAGUGGAUCAAAAAAAUGAAAAAGAUUCAAAAGACCAGGAACCGGAACUGGACACUGAGUACCGUUUGACCAUGAUACACAGCGUACGAGAGGCUGUGAACAGGAUUUGUGAACAGGCCGUGGAGAAGACCGCCGCCAUAGUCAGGAACAGAGGUACGAACAAGCGCAGUAGCAACUCCACGUUGACGGGCUCGAUCAAAGAUCGAGAUGAAUCCGAGGCAGCAGAUAAUGCUAGCAGUGAAUUCUCAUUGCCACCGCCACCGCAACAACAUCCGUUGGACUCGGGUCCAACAGGUCAAGAAUCUUCAUGGCCGCCACCACCGUCUCUUUCUGAAGCAGAAGAAGAACGAACCAUAGCUCCUGGUUAUUCAUUUGACUUACCCGACCCACCGACAGAAAUGGAUCAGAUGGAUUCUGAGACCGAUAAACUAGACAUUUCUGAUGAAGAAAUGAAAGCCACUGGUUUGCCAUCAGAUGAUGACGAACAAAUUGAUGCAGAAGCUGGCGACGGUGGGGCUGAAAACGGUCGUCCCGGGAACGAAAUCGACGCCGUCAUGAAAUCUACGGCCAACGGUGGAUCGUCCGACGGAUCGGUGGCUGUAGCGCAGGACAACGGGGCCGAUGACCGGGCGGCUACCACCAUACAGGCGGUGUACCGUGGCUUCCGCGCCCGGAAGUACGUGGAGGCGGUGAAUGCGGCCGCGGUCAAGAUACAAGCGGGCUUCCGGGGCUACCGUGUCAGGCAGUCCCUGAAGAAUGCGGCCCCUUCCACGACCACAACGACCACGGACGAGAGUCAGUGUUGGUCGGAUGACGACCAAAAGUCGGUCGUGUCCGUCACCUAUACACCGCUCAAAGAGUACGGAUGUGAGCCACGUGGCGCCGGCGACGGACGAGGGGAUGGUGAUGAUGGCAGUGAUGACGGAGGUAACAAACCGAAUUCCGGUGUUGGUAAUGCAGAUAGUGUUUCCGGUGUCCCCUCCGACGUCGGGGGUGGUGGAGGUGAUGGUGUUGGUGGUGGUGAUGACGUCGGUCUCAGUGGUGUCGGUACUAUUGGGGGAGCUCAUGUUGUCACAGAUGUCGGAGUCAGUGGUGUUGGUGUUUACGAGGAUGACGACGAUGAGCUGCAGACAGGUGACGACGAAGUUUUCGAGCGCGAUGACAACGACAUUAAUGGAGGCGGUGGUAGUGCCAUUGAAAAUCCGGCAACGAAUCCGACCACCACUUUGUCGGAACCCGAGAAUCCGACCACCACUUUGUCGGAACCCGAGAAUCCGACCAAAGUGUCCACGCUGGAGGACGCGGCAGAAGCAGAAGCGCUGGUCCAAGCUGCUAUAAAAAUCCAAGCUAGGGUCCGCGGUUUUGCGGCCAGAAAACGCUUGAACGACGAAAAGAACGACGGCGCAGACAAAAAAUAAACAUGUCUCGUUAAUAAUAUUAAUAUAAUAAAAAAAAAUUAUGUCACUAUAAUAUACAUCACACUCCUUGAUUUAAAAAAAUCGACAAUAUUUGUUUCUCUCUGUCUAUCCACCUGUCUCUCUCUAAACCUUUAUCCAUCGAUCUGUUCACCUAUGAUAUCUGUCCAACAUGCUCUCAGUCUUAUAACAAUUUAAUAUAAUAAUAAUAAUAUUUAAAUAAUUUUCGCACAAACGGACGACAGACAAGAAUAAUUAUUACACGUACGAAUUAUUACAGUAUGUACUCUGUAUGCGAUCGUUUCACGAUUACUCACAAAAAAUAAUAUGUACGAACAAAACAUAAAAAUAGUUAUAACAAAUUCACGUUUGGUAUUUCGAUUGGACUGUGUUAUUUCUUUAUUUUUGCGAAACUCAAUAGACAUUUUUAUUACCACAAGAUAAUAACAAUUUGAUUUCUCAUUUUCUUUAACACCGACACAAGUUCCUCAAGUAAACCGUAAACGUCCAUAAAGUUAAUUUCACACAUUAUACAGCUUAAAGAUAUUAAUUUAUAGAAUAUAUUUCUAAUUAACACAAUAAUAGAUUGGUCCAAGGAUUGGGUAACCUUCUACAACACCAAAUACAAUAUGUCUGUCGUCCGAGAUUUAAUUUUAAGAAUAUUUUCAAGUUUUAUUGUUCUCUAUUCAUUAAGUUUAUAAUAUUUACUCGUUGCCCAAGCAACAAAUUAAUGAAUUAAGUAGCGUUUAAAGUGAAUCUUAAUUUGUUGGCUCAUACAUUUUCCUUGUUAAUGAUUCAAUUACAAAUUAAGAUUACAACAAAUAUUGGACAAUUCAGUGAAGAUAUAAUAAUUGUUAUGAUUACCCAUCAUCCUUAUUUAUGUUUAAUUAUGUAAGACAAUUGUGUGGUUUACAAAAUAUAGAAAAGAAAAUACAAAAAUUAUAUUACUUAUCCAGUUAAUGCUUUAAUAAAUGUUUGUAGAAUAGUUAUUCUGGCUACUUUAUCGAUUGUUGUUAUUAGUUUAAGUUUAUAAACAUAUUCAAACAUUAGUACCUUUCUGAUUAAUAAUUACUACACAGUAUUCACAUGGUGAAAGUUUAUUGUUUUUUUUUUUAGAAUUAUCUAUGUGUUAGAAAAAUAUAUUCCAUAAAAGCUAUUAAAUGAUAUUAGAUGAUUAUAUUCAUUGUAGAGAUAUUAUACAUAAAUUGAUGUAUUUUGGAUGUUGUUUCUAAAGAAAUAUUAGU